AUGUCCAGCGGUGGUAAAGAAGCACUUGACAGAAAGGACGACUUGGACUCAGAAUUCAGUUUUGUGGGUGAAGAAAAAACGAUCUGUGAACAGGAUCCACCAAUAACUACAACUCCUGGUAUUAACCCCCGUAUCGAGUGUUGGAGGUUGUUUAUACAUAAUAUUUUUAGAACGGUUGUUGAAUUGAACCAAGACCUCGAUGUUUGGAAAUGGUUCAUGUUUUCUAACUACAAAGGGAAACAGGAAGUUCAAGCUGAGGUACAACCUGAGAAGUUCAUGAUAUAUGGUGGACCACAACAUACCAGGGAUAUAUAUCGUCGAUUGAAGGCUGGUGUUGGUAAACAAAUUCUGAAACUUCAAUUUAUAGUAAUUUCAAAGUUUGGAGGUCAACAGUUUGUGACUAUUUUUUGGACUUGGUCUUCCGCACAUAUCCGUGUUUAUGAUGUGCUAACAAAAGAGCUAGAGCUAUUUUACAAAUUUGCCGCCGCAAAAUUUAGAAGUAAAUGUGAAUGUACUCAUCGGGUACAUGCAACAAUGGCAUAUGUUUCGGAGUGUGUGAAUGACGUAAUUGAUCAAAAAAGGAAAGCCAUCAAGAAAACAGGAAGAAUUGCUGCUUCUGCCAACAAACCAAAAGCAGAACAUGAAAUUUUUUUUUAUUGGAUAGAUGUUGAAAUCCUCCAUUUAUAA